UAGAUUUAUUCUUUUUUCAAAGGAUAACCCCAACAACGACAAGAAACUACUACCUAUUACUACUUUCAUCUUAUUUUCCUCCCAUACUAGCAACAUAAAUACCAUACUUGCUAAAUUGCGAUAGCUACUAUUGCUCUUGAGAAGCUGAACUAUGUGCAGCUUAGCCACACGCUGACAAUAUGUCGCGUGUGGAGAUGAAUAUUAAAACCCCUAUGCUUACAGUUGAACAAGUUCGCCGGCGGUUUGGUGACCCGCAACCUACGAAACAUACGGGCAGACGAUGUUUUACGGGUGCGAUAACGAAGCUAGAGAAAGCCGUCCGGAGAACGAGCAUCUCAGAUCAGCAAACAGAGGAGUUAUCAUUCAACGACCUACCCUAUGGCAUCAAACGUAAGAUCUUCGAGAUGGUUCAAUCGUCGCCUGGCUGGGUCCAUAUAACACUAGAAGAUGGACAACUAGUAGCGUUCGAUGGAAGUAGUCGAGAGGUCUACAUCAAUAGAGAAUGGUACCAAUCCCAUGUAUUCCGACAAGGCCUGAUCCGGAGCGACCAAUUCGGCCUAUUCAAGAGGAGUUUCCUCAACUUAAAUCCUCUAAGACGAGUUAAGCCCUCGGUUAACCGCUUCUCGAUCUUAAUGAAUGAAAAAAAUAUGAUUUCUUCGGUAAAGAUGUCUUCCGAUUGGGUUUUCUUCGACGGGAAAGGGAUCACGGACUUCCAGGACCCGGGUGGGGCUUUACCGUACUCAAUGGCCGAUACCAGAUAUGCUGUCUUCAGGAUGGAAGAUCUAUUCGAACGCAUAAACCGUACAGAGGACGGAGAAGAGGGUGCGGACUUCGUGUUAGCUAGAGGUUCCCGAGUUGAGGAUCUCGUAAUCGUCCUGGGUGAGCUCCGAAAGGACGUUAAGCCCGAUAAAAUGGGCGUUAUCAGAGCUUACCGAGUGGAAAACGUCAAUAAAGAGAUGGGUAAGCUUGCGGAAAUAUACCCGGCCGGAGAGGGUUAUUCGCCAUCUGAGAAUUAUAUGAUGGGUGAUAUCACGAAGGCUUGGUCGAGGACUAUAGUCAGGAGACGACAGAGACAGCACGCUUGGUUGGAGUCUCCAGAUGGCAGGCAAUGGCUCUCAUAUCCUUUCCAUGACAAGACGAAUACGAUAUCGAGGUGGUUGGCAACGGAAGAGGGGCACAAGUGGCUUGAUUCCAAAGGUUCCGAGUUCCUCGCUUCCGAGUCUGGUUGGUGGUGGCUGGCGUCAGCCCUCGGGCACCCAUGGCUCGAGAGCCAGCAGGGGUUACAAUGGCUUGACACAGAAGGUUUGUGGUUUCUCAAAAGCCCACAGGCCUUACUCUGGGCGGACAUUGGUGCACCCAGCGACAAAUUCCAGAAGACUUGGUCUACCACCUCUGCGGGGAUGGCGUGGGCGUUCAAAAAUUGCCCCGAAGGCGUUCCGCCAAAACUUCCGCGGCAGCCGACCGGAAAACUACCGAGGAAUUUGUUCGUUGAUCAAUCCUUUGGCAAUAUUAAUUUCCGGGGAUGGAGUUUUGUGAGAUGUCGUUAUGAGGAUACUGCUUAGGUUUUUGUCGUCGAUCCUAGCAUUGGAAGGAAUAAGAAUAGGGGUGCAAAGGGAAAAGCCUAUUACUUACCUAUAAUCAUUGACGGAAUAGGAAAUAAAGCUCGAGGGAAGCUUCCUGGACCUUAUUCUUCUCCUUGGUUUCUAGCUCUUUAGUUAAGUUGGGUGCAUUUUCGUUUUAUAGUACGAACCAUCUCUAUACACUUUCCAUUUGCAUUUCGUGCAAGACAGCGACAGUUGGUAGUAUAGUCUUCAUAGAAGCUGAUUCUCCAGCGGUGAAUAUAUUUCCAUAAUAUGCACCCUUUAAUACCCACCUCCCUACUUGGGUGUUCAAGGAUGACAGGACGUCAGCCGCAUCGUCAUUCAUUUCACGUCCCUCAGUCAGCAUUCUCGUAUCGAACAUGAAAAUAAUAAUCACAGAACAAAAAUAAGAAUUCAAAACCAUAGUAGAAUCUGAUGAUACCUCUCGUAUUAAUCAUCAUAGGCUUUUCCGUGUGUUGUUGAAGAAAAUUGAGGCUAUUUGAAUUACCAGAUAGGGGGGUUGUAUGCAGCCCAGGCGCAGCAUGAGUCCCGAACAGGC